AUGCCACCAAAGCCAUCAGCUAAGGGAGCCAAGAAGGCCGCGAAGACCCAGAAAGCCGGACGCACCGGAGACAAGAAGAAGAGGAGUCGCAGAAAGGAGAGCUACUCCGUCUACAUCUACCGUGUGCUCAAGCAAGUCCAUCCCGACACCGGAGUUUCGUCGAAGGCCAUGUCGAUCAUGAAUUCGUUUGUGAACGACGUCUUCGAGCGCAUCGCUGCCGAGGCAUCGCGACUCGCCCACUACAACAAGCGAUCGACCAUUUCCUCCCGCGAAAUCCAGACUGCUGUCCGUCUGAUCCUUCCUGGAGAACUCGCCAAGCACGCCGUGUCCGAGGGAACCAAGGCCGUCACCAAGUACACCUCAAGCAAGUAA